UAAUUUUCAAAUGAAAAACUGACAAUUGUUCAUCAUUGGAUUAUACCAUGAAAGUAAUGUUCAAUGAUACUUGCAUCGUAUAUCGACAAUGAUAAUUUUCUUAAGCUCGUGAUCAUUUUUUUUUGUUAUUAUUGUUUUCGAUGAUGAUUGACAAGAUACUUUUGGUGAAUUUUAUUUGUUUUAUAUAACAUAUAUAUAAAAAAGAUCAAAGAAUCGAACAAUGGCAACCGAACAAGUAUUGACGGUUAUCGAAAAUUCGGCUAAAACAAAUGUAUUGGAUCAACAAAAUGGGAACAAUAACAAUAGUGGUUAUGUGAUGAUACGAAAAUAUUUAAUUAAUUCGGCUGUGAAUUUUUUGCAAAAUUCUCGUCUCAAAUUAUCUACAAAUGAUGCAAAACGUACAUUUUUACUUGACAAAGGUCUAACGGCUGAUGAAAUUGAUUUGGCAUUUGAAUUGGCCAUACGAAAACCAAUGAACGAUGAAACGAUUCUAAAAGAAUUGGACAUAAUUUCCAAUAGUAACAUGUCAUUGAUUGGUCGAUCAUUUUCUAUGUUUUAUCAAUUUUUACUUUGGACCGGAUUCAUAUAUGGAUCUUAUACGAUUUAUUGGGAAAAAAUACAUCCAUAUCUGUUUGAAACAGCAAAAAAUGAUCGUCCUGAAGAGAAAAUUUAUGAAAAAAUAGAAGAACUCAAAACACAAAUCACCGAAAUGAACACAAAUCUAUCAAUAGUGCAUGAAUUCAUUACAACAUAUUGUCGGCUAAGAGAUGAUUCGACAAUGAAAAUGAAAACUGAACUAUCUUCAAUCAAAGCUUUACUUGUUAAUCGUCAUCAAUUUCCAUCUGUACCCACAAUACCUAAAUGGCAACUUACGAAUGGCAAUAGCAAUGGUGAAUAAUCGAUAAAAAAUAAACACCAGUGAUAAAUUCAAGUUAACUAUUGUUUUUUUUAAUUUUUAUUCAUAUACAAAGUAAUAUAUUCUAUUUACAUCUUAUUUUUUACAUUAUCAUGAAUAAAAUCUGGGUAUAAAAAAAAA